AGUCCCGUUGGUGGGGGCGAAGGCAGCGGAACUGGCAACCCUGGGCACCUGUCGCCGUGCACGGUGCGCGCUCUGCUGUCUGCACACGGCCCCGACACGAGACGUGACCCACGAGCUGAAGUGCACCGCGACGGCACGAGACGACCACCGAGCUCUUCCUCACACACAUUUGCAAAAAAAUAAAUAAAAAAUGGACGAGUGGGAGGAAACGGAAACUACUAAUGGUUGUGUUGCACCAACCAGCUACGCAUCAAGUGAAGCCCCACAAGGAGACUCCUGGAACGGUGAUUGUGGUGGAUUUGGAAAAGGCCCUGGAGGAAGAGGCAGACGAGGAGGAUUUUCAGGCUCCUUUUCCUCAGUUGGGGAUGAGAAUGGUAAUGAUGGGGACAGCUCGAACAAAACAGGAGGAGAAACAGGUGGUUUCAGAGGAAGAGGACGUGGCAGAGGGUUUGGCAGAGUGGACAGAAGUGAAAUGACUGGAGACGAUGACGGAAUGUGUGGGUUUAGAGGAGGAAGUCGAGGAGGAAGAGGCAGCAGAGGAGGUUUCAGACAAGGUGACCAGGGUGGCAGAGGAGGACUUGGAGGAGGUUACCGUGGAAAAGAUGAACAAAUCUUUUCUCAAGGUAAAGAUAAAAAUCCAGAACAGAAGGAUGCAGCUGAGGGUGAAAGACCAAAGGUCACCUACAUUCCUCCAACUCUCUGUGAGGAUGAAGAGGCCAUUUUUGCCCACUAUGAACGUGGCAUCAACUUUGACAAGUAUGAUGACAUUAUGGUGGACAUCAGUGGAACCAACCCACCGCAAGCAAUCAUGACUUUUGAAGAGGUACAAUUGUGCGAAUCCCUGGCAAAAAAUGUCAACAAAUCUGGUUACGUGAAGCCGACCCCUGUGCAGAAGCAUGGCAUUCCAAUCAUUUCUGCUGGCAGAGAUCUCAUGGCGUGUGCCCAAACUGGAUCCGGUAAAACGGCUGCAUUUCUCCUCCCCAUCCUGCAGCAGCUGAUGGCAGACGGUGUGGCAGCCAGUCGCUUCAGUGAGCUGCAGGAGCCUGAAGCCAUCAUCGUGGCCCCGACCAGGGAGCUCAUCUGCCAGAUCUUCCUGGAGGCCAGGAAGUUUGCCUUUGGAACAUGUGUGCGUCCAGUGGUUGUUUAUGGUGGAGUCAGUACUGGACACCAUAUAAGAGAAAUCUCAAGAGGAUGUAAUAUACUGUGUGGAACACCAGGAAGACUGUUGGACAUGAUUGGACGAGGAAAGGUCGGGUUGCAGAAGCUGCGGUACUUAGUGCUGGAUGAGGCUGACCGCAUGUUGGACAUGGGCUUUGAGCCAGACAUGCGCCGUCUGGUGGGCUCCCCUGGAAUGCCAUCCAAAGAGAACCGCCAGACUCUGAUGUUCAGUGCCACGUACCCUGAGGACAUCCAGAGGUUGGCAGCAGACUUUCUCAAGAUUGACUACCUGUUCUUAGCUGUGGGUGUGGUGGGCGGAGCCUGCAGUGAUGUAGAGCAGUCAUUUGUCGAAGUUACCAAAUUCUUAAAGCGGGAGCAGCUUCUUGACCUGCUGAAGAUCACGGGAAUGGAACGCACCAUGGUGUUUGUGGAGACCAAGAGACAAGCUGAUUUUAUUGCGGCUUUCUUGUGCCAGGAGAAAGUUCCAACCACCAGCAUACAUGGUGACCGUGAGCAGCGGGAACGAGAGCUGGCACUGACAGACUUCCGCUCUGGCAAAUGUCCAGUCCUGGUUGCAACCUCUGUAGCUGCCCGCGGUCUGGAUAUUCCAGAUGUGCAGCAUGUGGUGAACUUUGACCUCCCCAACAACAUCGAUGAGUAUGUCCACCGUAUUGGGAGAACUGGCCGCUGUGGUAAUACUGGGAAGGCUGUGUCUUUCUACGACCCAGAUGUUGAUGGUCAGUUGGCCCGCUCUUUGGUUACAAUCCUGUCCAAGGCCCAGCAAGUAGUUCCCUCGUGGUUAGAAGAGUAUGCGUUCAAUGCCCCCAGUAGUAAUGAUGCCAACCCUUCCAGGAGGAACUUUACUUCCACAGACUCCAGAAAGGGUCAUGAACGAGGAUUCUCUCAGGACAGCACAGCGAAGAGCCCAGCUGCGGCGGCUCCGGCUGCAUCUGAUGAGGAAGACUGGGAGUAGAGGGAAUAUUGGUGCAGCCCAGCCACCCACACAUGGACCUGAGCUGCUCUUAUUUGCUGUUUAGCUUGUUGCGGUUCUAUCACUGAUUUUGUUUCAAUGGAAAACAGAAUAUGUCAAGUGAGAUGUUUAAAUAGAGAAACCAGAUAUUUCUCCCUAACGUUCUUAAUCUUCACAGACCUGCAUGUUGUGGAAAGUUUUUUUGUUUUAUUCUAUUUUUUUUAAAUUAUCACUUGCAUGAAAAUGGUUAAUGUCUGAGAAGAGAGAACAAUAAAUAAUUGUGUUCCAAGCAAAGACUUGAAGAUUAAAAGCAAGUUCCAACUGU